UAUUUACUCAUUCACUUAUGUGCUAUUGUUGUUAAAGCAUGUGCAUGUAUAUAAAAUUAUUUUAAUAGUUUAUGUGUAAUUCGUAGCUGAAAACUGUACGGUAAUGAAGAUCAUUUAUCACAUUUUUUGGACAUUUUUCAUCACAAACGCUGUACAAGACAUCAGAAAUUAUGAAAGUUAUGCAGUUCCAGAAGCAUGUAACAAUCAUAUUCCUUGUAAUAGAAAUUAUCUGACGAAUAGUCCUGAUACAUUAGCAAAUGUCGCUAAAAGGGAUGAAUCUAAUAUUAAAGACAGAAUCUACGACAGUGAGAGUAAUAGUGAAAAUUACAUCCCAAUGGGGCCCAGAACAUACGAUCCACCCGAAAACUAUUUGAAUUCUUUACAAAGUUUAGAAGGCGCUCCUCAAACUUAUUCAUCUUCAUUAUUUAAUGAUCAUCAAAGACAAUUUACUCAAACGCCAAAUUCUCCAGUAAUAGUUAAAUAUUGGUUAACUAAUCAUGAUGAUCCGCAAAAAUAUUCGAAUAUUUAUUAUUUAGAUGACGUAAUUUCUCUAAAUUCAAAAUUGGGAUUUCCUAUAUUCAGUAAUGGUGAUAUCGCAUUGGUACAAAUACUUUAUCAGAAUCCCCAAACAGAUUUAACUGAAUUUAAAGAAACCGUCCCGUUUACCAGCAGCUUCACAUCCUCAGCUGACAAUUACGAAGAAGUUAUUAAUUCUAAUCCGCAACUGACAUUGGAUCACCAAAACAAACCACAAUUUGAAUCAAGUUAUCGCUACAAGAGACCAUACAAAUUAGUUCAAGAAAUUCCUGCCCAUAGUACAUAUGCCGUACCGUAUCACCAACCGAAUAUAGAAAACAACAAAAAAAUUAACAAAGACUCUUCGGAAAAUGAGCUUUCAUUUUUUUUUAACGAUAAUAAGUUUGAUAGUAACGAUAUGACUACUGAUACUUCUAUUUACGAAGAUAUCAGAUCAUUUUCGAUCCCGAAUUCAUACAUUUCCAAAGGAAAAGGUAGAAUUAAGGAAGCAACGAGUACUCAUUAUAACAAUUAUCAAAGCCGAAAGAAAUUAUCUAAACCAAUGACUUUGAAUAAUUAUGAAACUGAAGAAAAUAAUGAAUGUUUGCUAUCGGAAUUAAAACGAUAUUUACAGGAUACGAUAAAAAAAUGGCUUCAAAAAUGUGAAUCAAAAGAAAAGUUAAAUUAUUCCCAACUUUAUGAUUCAUCGUCACCACCUAAUCAUCGUCAGAGUUCGAAAAAAACUGAGAAAAUUUCAUUUUCACCAGAAGAUUAUUAUUUUAUUAAACAGCAAAUACAGUUACUCAAUGCACUAUACAAAUGUCAGAGAAAAAGAACAUACUCGUCAUCUAAUGAAAAAAGUUUACUGCAAUUCUUAACCAAAUUAUAUGCAAUUUUCAAAAGAAGCGAAACUUCUUUGAAAAACGUAGAUAUUCAAAAGCAAUUGGACAAAAAAGAAACUACUGAAAAAUAUUCGAAUAAAAAAAAUGAAUCAACAUUGCCUAUUGACAAAUCUGUAUGUUUGAAUCGCAUAAAUACAAAAUAUGAAGUGCGAAAUGCUACAAAAGAUUUGCAAAUGGAAUUUCUAAAAUUAUGGCAAAACAAGAAUGAUCCGCAUAACAAAAUUAAUCACUUCUUUUUUACAAAAUCAGAACAUCGCCCGCCGAAACUUUGGUUGGACAUCAGUAGUAUAUAUUAUGGAAAUGAAAAUUUAACGAUCACAAAACCAAUGAUACAUAAAAUAUUUCCCAUUAUUGAUCAAAAAAACAAACGAGAAAUUCACAAUUUCCGCUACUUUCCAUUUGAUCGCAGUUUCAAGGCUGGUACUGGGAUCGCCUACCAUAUCACCAAGGCAGAUUUUCAGGAUAGAAAUAUUACUAAUAUCAGUAACGAACCGGAUAACAGAAUUAUUGGUGGAGAAAGAGUUAAUAUCCAAAAAUACCCUUAUCAGGUGGCGAUUUUUCAAAAUGAAGAAUUCAUAUGCGGAGGAGCAAUCAUAAAAGACAAAUUCGUUCUCACUGCUGCUCAUUGUUUUGAAAGCAGUCUUGAUGCUAAAGAAUAUCGUGUGAAAGCAGGAAUAACGAACUUGGACGAAGACGGACAAAGUCGAAACGUCGUUAAAAUAUUUCAACACGAAAAGUAUACUUUGAGUGACUACGACAUUGCUAUUAUAUUGGUUGAUAAUCCGUUUGUAUUCGAUAAGAAUGUGGCAAAGAUAAGGUUGCCUAAUGAUGACAUAUGUUUAAAAAUUCACGACGUUGUAACUAUAACAGGAUACGGCACUACUGAUGGAGUUUCGGGAACAUUAAACCAAGACCUUUUCUCCAUUAGCCUUAAAUUGACAUCUCUGGAAAGAUGCGCAAAACGGAAACUUUUAACCGUGGAAAAUAUAGCCAUAACAAACAAACAGAUUUGCACAGAUUCUCCAGUUAAGCAGGGCACAUGUCAUGGAGAUUCUGGUGGGCCAAUGGUGAUAAACGGAUACAUCGUAGGGAUAGUUUCAUGGGGAAGUCCAUGUGCCAUCGGUGACCCUGACGUAUUUACUAAUGUUACGUAUUUCCUUAAAUGGAUAUACAAUAUUAUUUUGAAAAAAUAUGGCAAUAAAAGAUAA